CGCUCGCGAUGCGACUGGUUCAUGUCGUUAGGCUCGCAGACAGCCGUUUAACCGUCGCUGCUGCUGCUCGACCUACCAGAUGUAUGCCGGUGUAUGCUCGCCCUGCUUGAUGCCGAGAGCGAGUCAGCGCGCUAGAGGGAGAGGGGAGAGAAACGAGAAUGAGUCAGCGCUCUAGAGGGAGAUCAGGCGCCUGCGGAUGCAAGGGAGGGUGACCAUGAAUAGGAGAACGGCUUUUCGUCGUUUCGUUUAACCAUCGCCGGCGCUUGUGCAACUCCGUUCAAAGAUUUGCACUUCCGUUCCGCGGGUUUCAAGUCCCCCACGUAUCAUGCCGCCGACGCUAGUACCUCAGAUCGAAUCGCGUUGAAUAGUCGGCGGCAGCAUGUCAGCGUGCCUUUGCAGUACUACCUCUUUCGCCGACGCUUGGCAUGUCCGCUGAUGAUUCGAGCCAUGGAAUCAUCGCAGCCAGCCUUCCUUCUCUCGGCAUCCCUCACCGCCGCUCACCACCUCUCACCAUCUCUCACCAUCCUUCCGCAUCGGUCACUAGCACCGUAGCCAGCAGAGGAAUCGACAUGUGACAGAGCAGCGGCCGUGCCUAGUAGCAUUCAGACUGAAUACCUGAGAGGGGAAUGGUAGUCUUGGUGACGGGAUUCGUGUAGCCAGCAGGGGAAUCGCCAGCGACAGUUGCAUUGCAUUGCGUCCCUGACUGCGGCCAGCAUGCGUCUCCGACUGCUCACCUCCUUCACGAUCAAGGCAGCUGUGCUCGCUCCUCCUCCUCCUCCGUCCCUAGACACGGGACUUCGCCCCUCGCACCUUCCAUCAUCCAUUGGACGCCUUUAUCCUCACCUAUAAAGCCACCACCGAGCGCAGCCAUGGAGUCAUCAGCUUCAGUGGCAUCUUCUCCCCACUCCUCUCUUCAGGACGUUUUAUUCCUCCUCCCACCUCCUCCACCACGAGCCUCCCCUCGUCCCGCCUCUCAUGGCGUGUCUUGCUCGCGUGCUGCUGCUGGCAGCGCUGGCGGUGGGGCUGCUGGCGGCGUCGGUGAGUGGAGCGAGGGACAUAGUCCCAAGGGCGGCAGGCAAGGGCGUGGGCGGGCAGCAGAGGAAGGGCGGUCGCAUUCUGGCCGCUGAGACCUUCUCUCACCACGACACACUGCCGGACUACCUCUCCCACAUCCCUCGCCGCAAGGCCCUCGCCACCACGUGUGGGGGGUCGACGGUGACGGUGCGGUCGCAGUACCUGGGGCCGUUCGACCUGCACAGCUACAUCUUUAACAUGACGUUCUACAACGGGUGCGCGUACAACGUCACCAGCCCGCUGGUCGUGUUUAACUGCUUCGAGUUUGGCACCCUGUGGGACGGCUUCCUGGAGAACCCCGCGCCCAACCCCACGCAGUACCAGACAGGCCCCAUCUUCGGGCAAACCCUGCCGGGGUACUGCGAGAUGUGGAUGAACCGCGGGGCCGCUGGCAAUGUGCAGAUGUUCCCCGGGGAGACGGUCAACAUUCUGUAUGCGUGGGCGUAUGACUUCCGCCCCUGCAUUGAGGAGCUCCACUUCAGCAACAGCAACAGCUACAUCCGGGGCAACAACACCUGCGUCCCUGCUGCCACCAUCUAGAGCUUCCAUGCAAAUUGGUGCUGACUGUGCUGCUGAUUCUGCAUCUGAGUUGCAUGUGAUAGUGUUCCUGGUGGCCUUUCAGUGGCUGCUUGCUUCCUCUGUAGCAGGCUUGAGUAGUGGAUGGAUGGGAUGAGAGGUUUGAAGGGCACAUUUUGGAAUGGGGGAGGGAGAUUUGGGUAAUGGUAAUAAAGCAUGAAAGAGGCAGGAUAUUUCAUGUAACUUGCUGAUGGAUGUAGUCAAAUAUAUUAUGAUGACCCCACGUCCAUGAUUUUCUGCUUA